CCUGCUGUGGUCAGAAGCAUGGAUCCCCUUUUUUGGUUCCCUUAGAUGCAAGCAAGCCAGUGUGGCAUUGAGGAAGAAGCACCAUAUGAUAGCAUCAUCUACAGGCAUAGAGCUUUGAUCAAACAUAUAGCUAGACUUUGUAGAAUUCCUCACCUGCUGCUGCCAUCAAACAAACUCACAAUGCCAUUGAUUGGUACUUCCUUCUUCAUCCUGGGUUUGGUUGUGGCUUCUGCCAUAGCAGAUGAGACAACAAUCAGAGGGUUGCCCACAGAUUCAACGGCCUUUGUGAACCAAAUCCCCACCAGUAACGACAAUACUCAGACAACUGUGAUACCCCCCAUCAGCACCAACACCACCAGCAUCACUACCAAUGUCACCAGCACCAGCGCCAACAACAUCAACAUCUCCAAUACCACCGGUAACACGAACAUCACCGAAGCCAACAGCACAAUCAUACCCUCAAAAACAAAGCAGAAAACCACCGACAGUCCCACAAAAUCCUUGACCACACCUAAAGCCAUUGAUCCUAAAAGCUCAACAUCUGCUUCCAGUAUAAACAGCAAUACGACCAAAGAAAACCUGGCACUGAGAGAGACAAGUGGCAACACUGGUAUUAUCAUCCUCAUUGUGAUCAUCCUUGUAAGCUUUGGAUGUCUAGUUGCUUGCUACCUCGCACGGAGGAGGGGAAGAGUAAGUAGACGCUACUCUGUUGACUUCUCUUCCAGACCAGAUGAAACCAACAUCCCUCUCAGCACUGUGCAGCCUGAGUUGACUGGUGAUACUGUUUCUCAAAAUGGUCUGAAAACUUUUGAAAGUACAGAAACUACUGCAAAAGAGCCACAAGAACCAGAGGCAAAACCUGAAGGACAAGAGGAGCAGGAAACCGAGGCUGAUAAAUUUCUUGCUGAUCCCAGUGCUGAGUCUGCCGCUUCGACUCCUUCUACAGACAACUCUGAGGACAAACCAAAAGACGACAGGCAGAGUCUUCUUGCACCUGUGCAGCCGAGCAUGGAGGAGAAAACUGAUGAUGAAGGCACUGCCUCCAACAAGACCUCGGUAGAAUCUCUAAAGGACGCAAAUGAGAACAACAGCAACAAUGGUGACUUCAGUCAGAAGAGAGAUCAUGAGUUGAGCAGCGUCUUCUGGGACGUUCCCCUCAACUGUCCAGUGUGACACUGUUGCCUUGCUGCCCUUGUCCUGUUCCUCAAAAACUCGAUUGAAGACUCGUAAACUCAAGCAACCAAAGGCCACUUCUGCUCUGUGAGAAACUUAAUGGGCUGUUGUCUUCUUAUCUUCCUUUUUCCAAACUAGAUUUCAGCUGAGCUCAGCUUUAUACUGAUUUUAUUCAUAACAGAACUUGUAUGUAUUUAAAAGUGUGUUGAAUACAGUAGAGAAUUGCUGGAUUUAUAGACUAAAUGUUAAUAUUAUGGUGCGAUUUUGCAAUAAGGUACACAUAAAAUAUUUUUAAAUUAUUAUUAUUGAUCUUAUUGAUGUUGAAUACAUAAUGUACAUACAUUCGUGUUGUUAUAUUGCAGUACAAGUGUAAAUACAAGCAUUUAGUCACUGUCACUUCUCCAAGAUAUACUUGCAAAUGGCAACCUAAAACCGCUCUUUACACUUUACAACAAAAUAUGUCAGGAGAUUUUGUUCACACAUAAGAAUGUUUUUGGUAUGCAUUUGUAAAGUAUAAUACGAAUAAUAUAUAAAUUAAAAGGACAGAAUAUAUUUGUCAAAUUUAUAAGCAGUGUUCUUGUAUAGAUUUAUGAUGCAAUUUUAUUAUUGUAGAUGCCGCAUUUUUCUUUUCCAUGUUCUUUGCAUUCAGUAGUAUCAAAGUUUCCGUUAUGCUGAAAAAUUACUAUGAUGUGAAUGUCGUUUGA